UUCGUGAUGCUGUUAUUCGUAUAGGGAAGUCAAAACUGCGGACGCUUUAACACGCAUUUCUGGAAAAUAUUGCAAACUUAUCAGUAAAACUAGUGCAACAAUACUACUUCCAGAUAAAAUUCAGUUAGAUAUUCAGCUCUAAAUAUGAGGAGAUCAUCCAACGCCAUUCUGCAAUCGCAGACAUCAGAGCCCCUUAUAGUAGUUGAAGAUGAAGAGCAUGAAGAAGAAUACAUUGAAAACCCUUCACGUCAAAGCUCUGAAGAGGAAUCGGCCUCCAUGAAUCCCUAUCUGCUUUCACCAUAUGCUCGUGAAAUUCGUAAACACUCUUUACCAACUCCACAAUGUAGUGGUAUUACUGCUAGUCAGGUUAGGAGGCUUUCAGAGAGAGGUGAAACUACAAAACCAGGUCCGAGGCAGGCAGAGUUUCUAGCUACGCUCUCGUCUGCGCCUCAACCUUCUGGAGGUCGCAGACAUUCAGUUGUUACCAUCUCUAAGGUACCCCCUGCUUUCUUUGGGCGAAAUAGACGGGAAUCUGUUGCUGCUUUCCCGUCAGGUGGUUUUCCUAACCGUAUCCUACCAAAUAGAAGAGAAUCGAUUGCAUGCCCCCCUUCUACUGAACCUAGAGGAAGUGUACAUAAUUUGCAGUUGGACAUUAUGGAUGACAUAGUACAGGCUCGGAAGGUAAGAAUGAAGAUGUGGAAUACUAGUAGCGAAAAAGUGUGUGAAGUUCAGCCUUUGGAUGAGAGUGGAAGUAUUCAACGCUACACCAAUUCUGGUCGCCGAUUUUCUGAUUUCGUAGGUACUACUCUUGCCCCCAUUCCAAGUGUUAGCAAACGGAGAGCAUCCGAGCUGCCGCAGCCACCCACAACCUCUGGUCCAUCAACGAGUGCAUAUAAAACUCCGUCAUCUGGAAUUGUUUGUUCUAAUACUGAUCUUAUUUCUAUUCUUUCUUCUCUUUCGACAUCUGCCACUGAAAUAAAUCAAUGCGACAAAGACUCCCAAAUAGACAAAGACAAUUCCAGAAACAUUCAGCAAAGACGUAGUCGUUUGAAGAGUAACAGGUCCAACAGUUUUGACAUAUCGAUUUUACAUGAUACUGAAUAUUUUGGCGAACAAAAUAAAUCUAUGCCAACCCCAUCUAACUGGUUCGUAAAGCGACAUCAACCAAUUAAGACUGACGAUAAUAAAUAUAAAAAAUUACCACAGACGGCUGCUAUCAAAGAAAAACCUAAAGAUAACAAGAAAGUAGUUGAAACUGAACCAGGAAAAGUAGUAUGGGAUGAAAGAAGUGGCUCUAUAGUAGAUCCUCACGCUUUAGGAAGUGCCAUUGAAGUUUUCCUAAGGCAAGCCUCGCCAGAAACCACGAGUGUGCAAUCACAAAAUAUUUCGCCCACCAAAAAUAACAACAAAGGGGGCACUGGAAAAGGGGCCGCUGGCCGUUCUAAAAGUUGGUUUUCUAAAGGCGAUGAGGAAGCAACAGAAACCUGCGACUCUUCGAUCUGCUCAACUCUUAAAGACUUGUUCGUAAAGUAGGAUUUUAAUUAUUACUCCCUUUCAAGUGCUGCCUUUUCUGGCAAUGUCUUAGAUUUAUUAAAUCAAUGUUACAAUAUAAA